CCAAAACCCUAAAAUUUUCGUCCAAUCAAACAUGAAUCUUUGAUAUUCCAGCCCUUUUUUAGUCGUCAAUAGCUUCUCCGACCGGGUAAUUUUGCCGCCGCAGUACAAUACUUCCACCCCUUUAUUCUUCUCCUUCCACACCGUCCCUUCUGCCAUGGACGCCCGUCGAGGCUCCCUCCCAGUUCCUAGAGUUCGCCAGGUCGGUUUCUUUACUCCAAACGCCCAGCCCGCCCCGACCCGAUCACAGUCCGGCCCGCCCGAUUCCAGCUCCCCGCCGCUCUCCGAUUCCCCGGCCAGCAACUCCCUGUCCCCCGUCAUGAUUCCUCCGCCGCGUCACCACUCCGACAACCUCGCCGCCGCCCCUCGUCCGACCUCCCCUCUCCCCGUUCCCGAACCCUCCCCCUUCCGCCGCCGCGGCGCCGACAACAACAACGCUCUCCUGGUCGGUAGCUACAAUCCGGCCGAGACUCUGCUGGCGAUGUCCCCGUCCAGUAGUCAUAUCGGCGACGGCGAGUCGGAGGAGACGAUGUCCGGUGGCUGGUUUCGGCGGAGCAAUUCUGGCAAGCUGGCUUCCAGUUUGCCUAGCGGGACUUUUGACUUCAGUCCGGUCCAGUCAACUGCUGAGGUUUUGAAACCCAACAAGGUCCAGAACCCCGUCGGCAUUUCUGAAGUAAGUGCAAGGCCAGCUCCAAAGGAACAGCAACCUGAGGCUCCAUCAAGCUCGAAGCAACCAAAACCAAAGCUAACGAAAGCUGAAAGACGUGCAUUGCAGGAGUCUCAGCGUGCCGCCAAAGCUGCUGCAAAAGCCCCUGGCGGUGGUAAAUCUGUCGCUGCGCCUGAGGAGGUGGCUACUAUUAAAUCUGUGAAACAGCAUCAAACACAAAAGAAAGAUGCUCCUCAGGUUGCAGUAUCAGUUGCAGCUUCUGAACGGAAGGGAGGUGAUAAGUCUCAAGAUAAAGAGCGGCGAAAAGAUGCCCCUGCACCACGAAUGCAAUUUGAUGAUAAGAGUCGUGUUGAAAAGGCUAAAAGGCGUUCAGUGGUCGAUCAAACCGAAGCAAAAAAAAGGGUUGAAUUGUUUCGUCACUUGCCUCAGUAUGAACAUGGCACUCAGCUUGCUGAUCUGGAGUCCAAAUUUCUGCAACUUGAUCCAAUGCACCCUGCAAUUUACAAGGUUGGUUUGCAGUAUCUGGCAGGAGAUAUUUCAGGGGGAAACGCUCGUUGCAUAGCAAUGCUCCAGGCAUUUCAACAAGUCGUCAAAGACUACUCUACUCCGCCUGAAAAAACUCUCCCUAGAGAUUUAACCGCAAAAAUCAGUAGUUACGUCUCAUUCUUCACACAAUGCCGACCACUUUCCAUGAGCAUGGGCAACGCCAUUAGGUUUCUCAAAAAUCGGAUUGCCAAGUUGUCCCCAUCUCUGUCUGAAUCAGAAUCAAAAUCCUCCAUAUGCACCGACAUUGAUCGUUUCAUAAAUGAGAAAAUAGUACUGGCUGACAGAGUCAUAGUUCAGCAUGCUUCCAGCAAAGUGAAGGAUGGUGACGUGCUUCUCGUGUACGGAUCGUCGUGUGUGGUUGAGAUGGUUCUCUUGCACUCUCAUGAGCUGGCGAAACAAUUCCGUGUCAUUGUAGUCGACUCUCGGCCCAAACUUGAAGGCAAAGCUUUGCUUCGUAGGCUGGUGGCAAAGGGUGUGCAUUGUACUUACACUCACAUAAAUGCCGUUUCGUAUGUCAUGCAUGAAGUGACAAAAGUUUUCCUCGGUGCUUCUUCAGUGCUGUCUAACGGGACAGUAUAUUCGAGGGUUGGGACUGCUUGUGUGGCUAUGGUUGCCCAUGCGUUUCGAGUUCCUGUCAUAAUUUGCUGCGAAGCUUAUAAGUUUCAUGAGAGGGUGCAACUGGACUCAAUCUGUUCAAAUGAGCUCGGUGAUCCUGAUGCCAUUGGAAAGGUGCCCGGGAGAAUGGAUGUGAACUACCUCAAUGAUGUGUCAAAUUCUGGCAAUCUUCAACUCCUAAAUUUGAUGUAUGAUGCUACUCCUGCAGAUUAUGUAUCUAUGAUUGUUACUGAUUAUGGCAUGAUCCCACCAACAAGUGUUCCUGUGAUCGUGCGGGAGUACCGAAGGGAUCACCUCUUAAUAUAAGGCGCCAGUGCUGGGAAAAUCGUGGACUGGGUUUUGACUGAAUAGGAUAGGAAACUCCUGAUUGUUUACUAAAUUAUUAUUGAUGUUACUGUGCCAUGCUUCCUCUGUAAGUCUGAGUUCAGUUUUCUGGUGGUUAUAAUCUUUUGGCCUGUGUUCGUGUGUUGGAAUGGAGUUGGGAACCAAAGCUACGGUUUAAAUUCUAGAUGGCUGUUAAACCUUGUAUCUGGAUUCUCAAAUUGUUACGAAGGCUCAAUCUGAUUUCCAAAUAGUUUUUAAAUAAAUUUCCCUUAAAUGG